UUAUAUUAAGGUCUAUUUACAGGAUUGAAAGAAUAUCCCCGCUUAGUUGAACCUUCCGUCCACCUGCGGAGCUUCAAAAUCGAUUGAAAAUUCUGUUUUACUUUGAUUUUGUGCAUGCGAUCGUGUCCUGCACCACGUGCCCGUGUUGGGCAGCAGGUGGUUAAUAUGUAAGCCGUAGGAGUGAGGAUGAAGAUGCCCAUAGGAACAUUGGCCCCCUGAUAAGCCCAACUGCUGAGUCACUGGACACACAAGUGGGCAGUUUGAGUGACUGACUGUGCUGUCAAAAGCAAUCAGAGAGAGCUUUUUUUGUGUGUGUGUGUGUGUGUGUGUGUCGUUGAGACCGUUCUACCUCCUUCGAGCUGUGUUACACUUUUAUUGUUUUGCCUCGUUUUUUUUUUUUUUUCAAGUUCAAAGCAACACCGGAGGAUGUCUCUUACGGCCCCUGGGGCUUUGGUCCAAACGUUCCUCCGCCGGUUGUAGACCCUCAAAGUCUCCGAAGGGCUGAGAAUGAACCGUCGGUUCGCCGGCUCCGGGAACCAGCUCCUCCACGUGGACCUCCAAGUAGACGAGCAUGAACCUCGCCAAGGAAUCCUGGAUCUCCUCAGCCGACUGCGUCCCUGCUGGAAGGCCAAGGACAUUCAGAUGAAGAAAUUCACUGAAGGCAUCACCAACCAGCUGAUCGGCUGCUACGUGGCGUCCCUGCAGGAGCCCGGCUGUGUCCUGGUGCGUCUGUACGGCCGGAUGACGGAGCUCUACGUGAACAGGGACCGGGAGGUGGAGAUGUUCCAGGUGUUCCACGCCCACGGCUGUGGUCCUCAGAUCUACUGCAGCUUCCAGAACGGCGUCUGCUACGAGUUUGUCCGAGGAACGGUGCUGGACGACGAGCUGCUCCGCCAGCCCUCCAUCUACAGAUUGAUUGCGGCAGAGAUGGGGAGAAUCCACUCCAUCCAGCCAAAAUGUGGGCCGCCUGUUGAGCCUCAUCUCUGGACCAAAAUGUCCCACUUCCUGACCCUGAUGCAGAGCAGCAGCAGCAGCAGUAGCACGGCCCUGCAGCGCCGCCCCCCCAAGAGCCCGCCGGCUCUGCAGCAGGUGCCCACCCUGGAGACCUUGUCCCUGGAGAUGGAGUCCCUGAAGAGACACCUGUCGCAGACCGACUCGCCCACCGUCCUCUGCCACAACGACCUGCUGACCAAAAACAUCAUCUACAACCGCAAGGAGGGAAUGGUGAAGUUCAUUGACUACGAGUACGCCGAUUACAACUACCAGGCCUUCGAUAUUGGCAAUCACUUCAAUGAAUUUGCUGGUGUGAACGACGUGAACUACGGCCUGUACCCGAGGCUGGAGCUGCAGAGGGACUGGCUCACGGCCUACCUGGAGAGCUACAAGCACAGCACAGGUCACGAGGUCACCGUCACGGAGGCCGAAGUCACCAAGCUCUACGUCCAAGUCUGCAAGUUCUCCCUGGCAUCGAACUUCUUCUGGGGUCUUUGGGCCAUUCUGCAAUCACGGUUCUCCUCCAUCGACUUUGACUUUGAGAGAUACGCCACGGCUCGAUUCAACUUCUACUUCGAGAAGAAAGAGGAGUAUUUGGGGCUGACAAAAAGCUAAAAAAAAAAAAGUGAGGAUAAUUCAGCAGCAAAUUGUAAAUCCCAAGAAGCUUCACGCUGCUGUAAGAACAGAUUCCGAUGUCCUUCUUGGCAAAUUGUAAAAUACUCUGUAAAUCCGCUUUGCAUAUAAUAAAAUGUGCUCCCC